AUGUUACUGAAUGCCCGUCGGGCUUUGUUGAUUCGGUAUUUGAUAUUUUUAUCUGUCCCCUCCUCCAUCCAGUCUUCCUCCGUUUCUUCUGCAACACGACGCAGCUUCUCCUGCGCGUCUUGUUUGUGGGAGAGAAGGCUGAUGUCGUCUGCGAUUAAAAUUCUUUCUUUCUUUCUUUCUUUCUUUCUUUCUUUCUUUCUUUCUUCUUUUUCUCCUCCUCCUUCUUUUAUUACAAUUCAUGCAGUCUUUAAUUUAAAAAGUAAUAUGUCUUUCUUCUUCUUCUUGUUCUUCUUCUUCUUUUUCUUCUUCUUUUUCUUCUUCUUCUUCUUCUAUUAUAAUUCAAGCAAAUAUUCUUUCUUUCUUUCUUUUUCAGCACCUGUUCACUUCCUUUGUUUCUUUUCCAGGACUUGUUCAUUUCUUUCUUUCUUUCUUUCUUUCUUUCUUUCUUUCUUUCUUUCUUUCUUUCUUUUCUUUUCUUUUUCAGCACCCGUUCACUUCCUUCUUUCUUUCUUUUUCAGCACUUGUUCAUUUCUUUCUUUCUUUCUUUCUUUCUUUCUUUCUUUCUUUCUUUCUUUUCUUUCUUUCUUUCUUUCUUUCUUUUCCAGCACCUGUUCAUUUCCUUCUCUCUUUCUUUUCCAGCACCUGUUCAUUUCUUUCUUUCUUUCUUUCUUUCUUUCUUUCUUUCUUUCUUUCUUUCUUAACAUAUUUUUCUUCUUUUCCUUCUUUCCCCCCUUCCUCUUCCUGAUCAUCAUCAUCAUUAUCAUCAUUCUUUUUUUUCUUCUCCUUUUUUUCUUCGACUGCUUCUCUUACUCCUGCUUCUUUGUCUUCUUCAAAAGUAAUUUGACUUAUUGUUUUUGUUGUUCUUCUUCUUUUCUUUUUUUCUUUUUCUCCUCCUCCUCCUCUUUCUCCUCCUCCGCCAUCUUCUUCUUUUGGUUUCGUUUUUUCGUUAAAUUUCUUUUAUUUCUUCUAAAUUCUUCGUUUUCCUUUCGAUUUCUCCUCAUUCUAUUAUUUUUCUUCCCUCUUCUUUUUCUUGUCGUUUUCUUUCUCUCCAUUUGUAGAUUUUUUCAUCCUUUUACAUUCAAUCCUGUUUUUUCUUCUUCCUUCCUUCUCUUUGGCACCUUCUGA